UGUUAGUGUCGUUUCUACUUUGAUGUUAUUGACCAUUAUUUCCGCUUUCCUGUUUGUCAAGUAACUUCUUGUUAUUUUUCUUGAUGCUGUGGUCGUUCCAAGUGCCUCCAUAUCUUCAAACAGAGGACCCCAUUUGACAUUAUCAAAUGCUCCACUGAUAUCUAGAAAUAUUCCCCAUACGUAUUUCUCUCUUCUGUCCUUGACCCAAUUUGUGACUUCUUCAAUUGCUGUGAUAGUUGAUCUUCCUUUCUUAAAUCCGUGUUGGCUACUCUGCGGGAUAGGCAGCUGGCAUGCUAAAGAGGGAGGUCAAUUUAAGUACUCACCCCCUCAAAACUGCCGAAAAGAGUUAAAUAACAAAGAAAAGAAAGAUAGAAUAUACCCUAAAUGCCCAUCUCUCACAGAACUGAGAGAAAUGGAAGAAGUAACUGAACAAUACAAGAGGGGUAUUAACCAAAGGAAAUAUGAAGAGGCAGAAACAGCUAGUAAUUAUACUAGCUCGGCCAUAGGAACAAUAUUCAAGGGAUAUGAUGAUGAGGAAUUAAUAUGGGAUUCCGACGAGAUAAGUAAGAGAGAACAAGAAAUAGAAUACGAUGCGGACUUUUUGGAAUCUGAUGAAGACGAUAUAUCGGAGGAAGAAAAAGAUGAAGCAGAAGAAGCACAAAGACUAACUAGACCAUUCAAUCUGGGACUACCGAAAGGCAGAAGAUGUCCCAAAAUGGAGGUUACGCAGAAUAAAAUGAAUGAGAUAAGAGAAAAAAUAGAAAUAAGGAAUAACAAUGCAUCAAGGAACAACCAAUUAAGUAUGGGACGACAAAAGGAAACAAGCCGUCCCACAGCUGAAAGCAAUCAACAUAGCAAAGAAGUAGAAAUCAAAAAAUAGAAUUUAAAAGAUCAUAAGAUAGUCGAUUACACAAGCUCAGAAGGAGAGGAAGAAUUUAAAUCUGGAAAUUUUCUUCGUGGGGGACGCAAAGAUCAAGCCGCCGGCGUACGAGGAGUUCCGGGCACAGCUCCAGGAAUGGCACUACAUGCAAACGAUGUUCCCGGGCGCCACGCUGACCCGGAACUCCUACAGCAUGAUCGUUGAAAGGUGGACGAUGAACUUGGCGGACUCCAUCGCCAAGGAAGUCGUCCGCCACUGCCAGCGGGAGAGGUUCAAGGCGCCCCUUAGUGUCAUCCAAUUGACUCACGUGGCACGCGAUCUGGGGUGCU